CAAUAUGAGAUUUUUUUUAUCUAUUUUUCUUCUUCUUUCGUAUCAGUGUGUCUGUUUCAAAAUUAAGAGAUUUUCUGAAAGAUAAUUUUAUGCCUUCCGGAUUUCAUUAAAUUUUCAGUCUAUCUCAUAAAAUAUGAGAUAUGAACUGAAGUGUAAAACGUGAAGAUUUUCUCUUUAAUGUUAUCAGUCAUUGGGGUUUUUUUGUUCUUUUAGUAUUGUAAAUAUAAUCUUUGCUUGGUUGUAUCCUAGAGGCUUUGGCUUUUGCUUUUGUUCUUCCACUUCAGGAAAUAUAGAUCUUUCUUUCUUACUCUCUCAUUUAAUUUGAUCUGGUAUUGUUGUUUUUCUCAAUCCAUUUUCAUGUUUUUCUUGUUUUUUUUUUUGUGAGAGUGCUGUUUCUUUUUUCUUACGGGAAUUUAUCUGGCAUUGACUGAUUUUGUUGGGGUUUUUCAUAGUUUACAGUUAUUCUCCACACAAGGUCUUCAACUUGGGAUUGGGUUUUUAGAGAAAAGGUUCCUUUUUGUGGAAAAAAGAAAGAGCAGUUUGCUUUCUUUUCUCUCUUUUGAAUGUUAUAAAGGGAGUGGUAGUAAUACAUGAAAAAAACUGGUCUUGAUCGAUUGAGGAGAGAUAGAGAUGGAAGGUGAUUUAUUUCCAGGUUUAAGCAAUGGAAACCAAGUAGAUGGCAAGGUUUUGCAAACUUUCCAGAAGAGUUUUGUGCAAGUCCAGGACAUUCUGGAUCAAAACAGGUUGCUAAUCAAUGAAAUAAACCAAAACCACGAGUCGAAGAUCCCAGACAACCUGACUCGAAACGUUGGUUUGAUCAAGGAGCUAAACAAUAACAUUAGAAGGGUGGUGGAUCUUUAUGCUGAUCUUUCGAGCAAUUUCACCAGGUCAAUGGAACCUUCAUCAGAGGGUGAAUCAAGCGGGAUAUUGAAGUCCAAUGGAAAGGCCAAUUCGAAGAGAAUUAGAUCCGGGUAAUCGAUUCAACUGAGCUGUCAUGGAGAUUCUCCACUUGCUUUCAUAGCAGAAUAAGAACAUUUUGAUAAGAACUUGAUUUUGAGGCUUUAAGCUUCAGUUUAAUUUCUUGCAUAUCCAUUGUAAUAACAAUUUAACUAAUUCACAUAAAGUUAUCAUCCUGCUGAAUUAAUUUCAA